CAGUAUUACACUGAUAAAUAUGGUUCAAUAGAAAAUUUGAUUGGUAAAGCCAAGGAUGGCGAAAUCGUCGCCCAAGCAGAUCUGGGAAUUGUUUACUCAGAGGGUUUUGGCGAUGUCUUGCUGAAAGACGAUGACAAAGCCAUUGGAUGGCUUAACACUGCUGUAGAAAACGGUAAUGAAUUUCCUACCGUCCUUGCAAAACUUGGUGAAUUGUUAGACAGGAAAGGAACGCCACUAUAUCAGCGAAAGGCGUACGAGAUGCACCUCAGGGCAGCGACACUGGGCCUCGCAAAUUCUCAGUUUAAUCUAGCAGAAAUGUAUCGAUGUGGGGUUAAUGGAGUCGUGAACAAAGACAUCAAAGAAGCAUUUAAAUGGUAUAAAAAAGCCGCUGAUGAAGAUAUGAGUGGUGGCGAAAAUGAUGCAAAGAAACCCGGUACAUUAUUAGCUGGGACGAUGAGAAAAUUUGAAAAUACCGUGGAUCGCACAAAAUACAAGGCGCUAGGAUUUCUAUACAAGUGCUACCUUGAAGGUGAUUGUCCGGAAGGCAAACCCCAACCAACCAAAGCCGUUUACUAUUUAACUAGAGCAGCCGAACAGGGUGAUACUGAGGCACAGCUAAAGUUAGGACAAAUCUACAUGAACGGAAGUUGCGAUCAAGGCAAAGACAUUUCACGGGCAAAAAGAUGGCUCAGGAAGGCUGCAGCUAGUGGUGAUGAGAGGGCAAAAGAGGUAAGUGGCAGAGACCAAAACCAAGCGUCAACAUGCAAAUCGAGAAAAACUUUCAAAUAAUAUUCGCUUUCAACAGCCCAAUUCUAAUAUGAUUGCUAAUUGAAGCUAGUCUGAGAUUGGCUUUGUUUUGAUGCAUUCUUGUCUGCUUUUUUAUGUAAAAACUGUCAUUCUCAUGCAAAAAUUUCCACACGAAAAGCAAGAGAGAUUGUUUUUAAAACGUUGGACCAGUUAACCCCAGGCUGGCAUUAUUUUACACAAUGGCACUGCUGAUGAGCACACAUGCUGCCUGAAGUCAUGUAACCGCCAGAGCAAUGGAGUGUUACUCGCAAACAACAUUUAUCUGUUGUGCGCCAGAGUCUGUGGCUCGCCACAUUUUCUGAGACAGAACUUUGUGCAUGCUGAGGCAUUCUCUCUGAUUUUUAGCCCUUUAUUGCUGCAUUCUACGUGACCUAGCAAACCCUGGCUUAAAAUUACCUUUUGCAAACUGUCAAACAUUUCAUGGCCCUCUAGUCUUUUCGAUCCUUACUGUAAACUCCAGAUCGUCAUAACCGAUCGAAGUUGUAAAUAAGGACCGGCAGCUAAAAGGGCUAGAAGGCUUUAUAAGGUAGAUGCAUAAAGAGAAAGUUUCUAAGUUGGGAUCGCGAAAAUUACAUUUUCCCAAAAGUGACUGAGGUGGGGUCUAUAUUUGGUCAUAGAAUAGUCUAUAAUAGGGUAGGGGUUCUGAGAGGCCGGCGGCACAUACCCAGAAAAAACUAACCCGGGAGGUACAUAAAUCGGGCCAAUCAAAAGGCCAGUGUUUACAAAAACCUUUUUCCCCAUGAAAUAUUUCGUAGAAUAUAACAUGACCGCUAUUUGAUGAGGGUACAUAUUUACUGUGACACACAAUAAUGUAAUAAUGGCUCUCCAAUUUCAGCCUCUCAAGCAAUGUGAAGAGUGCGCCGAUUCGCUGCAUGAACCACAAGAAACAAGUGAGCAGUCUGUAAAGCAAACACUGGACAUCGUGAUGGAAAAAGUUAAGCGGACCUGCGAGCAACAUCCAAUGGCAAUUCCUCAGCCUGUUACCUUUUCAGAAGCAAUGCUUAGUAAAUAUGAUUGGUCCCCAACGGCAAGGAAUUACCUAAAAGCGUUCAAGCUGGUAAAAGAGGGCGUUGAGAUCCUUUACAAGAGUAACUUCACUGUUGGGAAAGGGAUCUCUCUUAUAGCCUACGGUUACUUGACAGAGAAUUCUAUCCUUCAGUCAUUCCCCCUGACUAUGUUUCCCAAGAUCCUUCAACUCUGCGAAAAUAAAUUAAAAACUAAUGAACAUUUUUUUGAAGCCGUUCUUUUGUCGUAUGCCUUGCAUCAUUUCGAGUCACGGCUUUCAGAGGAAAGUUGCAAGGUUGACAUGAAAAAGGCAGCCUGUCUACUGAACAUAAUUCACUUUAUCAAAAGAGCUGAGCCUAACAGCACCCGUUGCGAAAACACCUAUGAGUUUGAUAAAACCUAUAGCAGCUGGCUUCAUGUUUUGUAUUUGCAUUUGGCGUCAAUGUAUAUCGUUUCUGAAGCUUAUGAGAAAGCAGCUGAAGCUUGUGAAAAUUCUCUGCUUUGUUGCCCAUCUUUCUAUGAGUCCAAGAGGUUGCUUGGAUAUGCCUUAAUGACACUGUAUACUUCCAAAUCAUCUCCGCAAAAAGACGUUUCCAAGCCAGACGUAUACACAGGAAUGAUGACCAUUGGAGCGGAUGAAGGACAAAUGACUAAGUAUGCUUCUUGGACAAAGGCGAUGUUAAGAGACACUGCGACAAAGGUGUUGAAAGAGUAUCUUAUCGAGGCCCCACCAUGUGAUAAAUCAUACCCAAAUGUGAAUUAUUAUCUAGCAAACCUCGCUGGUUUUGACAGAAACACCAAGGAGUUCAAAAAAUAUUAUGAACUGGGCCAAGAUGCUGAAGAGAAAAGACUUCCUUUUUUUGACCCUGUUCGUCUCCCAUUGAAAGAUUGGAUGACUCCUGUUUACAUGGAACUUCCCAACAUUAGAACGCUGCAGACAAGGUGUGGCAAUAAAGUGUGCACGAGGAAGGGCAAGGGGAUAAAACUGAAGUCCUGUGCUGCUUGUGGGGCCCAAAGAUACUGCAGCAAGUAA